GCUGCGUGGACCCGGGCAACCCCUGGGCGUCCAUGGAAGCGGCGGCGCGGCGGGGCCCGGCCCGAUGAGCGCCCGUCGGGACCGAGCGAAGGGUGCAGGGAGCUAUGGAAGGAGGUGUCGUACGCAUUGGUGACCAGAUCAUACUGGAAGAAGAUUAUGAUGAGACAUAUGUUCCCAGUGAGCAAGAAAUCCUGGAUUUUGCGAGAGACAUCGGCAUUGACCCAAAGGAGGAGCCUGAGCUGAUGUGGCUGGCCAGGGAAGGAAUUGUGGCCCCAUUACCACCCCAGUGGAAGCCCUGCCAGGAUGUCACUGGUGAGAUUUACUAUUUCAACUUCAACAACGGCCAGUCCACGUGGGACCACCCCUGUGAUGACCAUUACAGAGCGCUGGUCGCUCAGGAACGGAGGAAGCUGCUGGCACGUGGCAGCUUGAAAAAGAAAGAAAAGAAGAAGAAAGACAAAAAAGAUAAGAAAGACAAGAAGGAUAAGCAGUCACCGAAGCAGCACACUCCUUCAGGCACCCUGCCAGCACCUGUGCAGGUGCCCCUGGGGAACCUUGCUCCUCUGCGUGGCCCUGUGGCUUCUCCAGCUGGCGUCCUGCGUGCCUCACUGCACUCAGACAUGGGGAGCUCUGUGGAUGCUGGUGUUGCAGACAGAGAAGAAGCUCAGAGUCUCCAUAGGACAACCGGACUCUUCAAAAACCUGCACAUGGACGUCAGUGCCCUGGGAUGCAGCUUUGAAUCUGAGGAUAACAGCAAAGCAGAGGAGGAGAACUAUGGUGGUCACCUGGCUGAUGUCACUGAAGCUCAUCUCCAGGACCAGAGGAGUCCCCUGGAGGAAGCUGGCAGUCUGAGAGAGAAGGAGUCUUUAAAAUCAAGACGUGCUGAAGAAGAGUCUUCCUUGGAUUCUGGUGACACGUGCCCUCCAACUCCAGUUAAAGCCCUUUCUGGAGAUGCUCACUGUAGGCUGUCUGACCAGAGCAAAGAGGAAUCUGAUGAGAAACUCACUGGGAAUGAAGGACUGGGUGAGAAAGCUGCUGAGGUGCAAGGUGACGUCUCUGCAGCUGAUGAGCUGCCACAGUCUCUGGAGGAAGGGAGAGCAGCAGGGACAGACGUGCCCAGCAGUCCUGGGCAACCUCGAGCUGCAUCUCCAGAUGCUGAAGCUGCUGAAGCUGCUGAAGCAGAUCAGCUGGCAAGCCUGGCUGUCACCGUUGACACCGUGUCUGUUGAUGAAAAUAUAGUAAAUGAAAUGAGGGAGGAAGCAGCUGAUGUGAAAGCUGACAGCAGGCUGGAUGCUGGCAAACCUUCCAAAGUAUCUGAGAGCAGUGAAUGCAUGGAGGACUUGCAGGCUUCUAACCACCUCGACCAGGAGCUGAUCCAGCAUGUGGACUUGGCUUUCCAGAGCCAGUUUUCUGAGCGGGUGUUGGAUGUAGAUGCUCUGUCUCCUGCUUUAGACAAGUCACUAUGCAAGGCCCAGGAGCUGGGAGAAGAGGAAAAAGACCAAAGCAAAGCCAGUAUAGAUGAAGAGCAAAGCAAAAGAACAAAAAGGUGAUUCUGUGAUUCUGUGAUUCUGUGAAAAGCUGCUGUGAGUGAGAGGGAUCAAAGUGGUGGUGAAGCAUCAGAACAGAAGUGUGUUGCUUUAGAAAAUGCCAAUCAAGAGGAGGCUGUGGCCCUGCAGCUGGAUGAGGAAUUGCCGGAUAGCCUAAUCGAUCUGGAAGAACUUGCAGCCCUGCAAGAAGCGCAACCUGAGAAAGAAAUAAAACAAGAGCAGUCCUUGACCCAGUCUAGUGAAGGAUCCCUGGAGGGAGUAGCCAAGGAGCUGGAGAAGGAGGUCGAACAAGACAAAACGCACUCACUGCAAGCAAAGGAGGAGAAAAUCCAGCAAUUCCAAGAGGAAAUGAGGCUACGGGAGGAGGAAGAAACUCAGAAGUUUUAUGAGCAAAAAGAAAAAUCCCUCAGGACACUGAAAGAGGAUUUGGCAAAGGUUUGUGAGGAGGAAGAAUUACGUGUGAGAAAGGAGGAAACUGAAAGACUCUCAAAGCUGCGAGCCACCAUCACCUCUGAGACUGAGGCAGAGAAGGAGAAGAUAAGGGCAGAGCAAAAGCUGGCACUGCAAAAACUAAGAGAAGAGUGGGAAUCCCUGCAGGAAAUGGAGAAGGAGAACUUGGAGAGGAAGAAGCAGCUUGCUUUGGAGAAAAUGAAGCUGGAAAUGGAGGAAGCUCAACAGAAAGAAACAAUCAGGCUAGAAAAAGAGAAGGAACAAUUCCUAAGGGAGCUUAAGGAGAGAUUAGAAAUGGAAAAGAAAAAGGCUGCAGAGGAGCUAGAGAAACAGUUUGCAACUGAACUCCAGCAGCUGAAAUCUGCAGCAGAAGAGAAGCAUCGGAAGGUCACUUCCAGCCUGCAAACCCAGAUAGCGGAGGCACAGAGGAGUGAGGAGGCUUGGUUGCGUGAAGAUUUGCAGAGAGCAGAGGAGAAAGUGCAGCAGAAAUCAUACCAAGUAGCAGAAUAUGAACGUGAGCUCAGUGAGCUUAUGAGUGAGAAACGCCAUGAAGUGGAAAAAGAUCAUGAGAGGAAAAUGGAGAGGAUGAAGGAGGAGCACCAGGAGGUCCUAGCAAGGAUUCGGGAUCAGUAUGAAGAGGAGGAAAGAAAGCAAAGAGCAGAGCUGUUUGAAGGCCUGCGAGGUGAGAUGGCUCGCCUCCGACAGCUCCAUGAAGCGGAGGUGAAAACUCUGCAGGCAGAGCUGGAUGAACGUCUGACUGCACUGCAGCACAGGCAUGGGGAGAAGGAAAGAAGACUCCAGGAUUCAGAAAAUGAGCUUGAAAUACGUGCAAGGAACAUUAAAGCGAGAUCAGUGCAGCUUCUUAGCCAGGAGGAGUCUCUGAGAAGGAAAAAGCAGCAGCUGCUAGAUGAAGACAGACGGACUGAGCGAGAAAGAGAUGAAGCUGCUUUAGCUUCUCAACUCCGCCUGGAGGAGAAUCGGAAGGAGCACACCAACCUUCUUGAGUCCAUCUGGCAACUGCGUAAGGCUCUUGAGGAGCUCCAGGACCAGAAAGCUGAGCUGGAGGCCCAGGUGGAUUUGCUGCAGACUCGAAGCCAGAGGCUGCAGAAGCGUAUCAGUGAGCUUGAGGCAGCUGUCAGGAGCAAGCAGGAGACUUUGAAAGAAUUGGAGGCAGAAGAAAGUGCGGAGUCUCCCAGAAGGAAAGCUGAGCUCCAUGUUGAAGACCUGAGAGAAACUAUUCAUGCUCAUUCAUCCAGAGAGCCUGCUUCCCCACCUUCUCAAAGCCAUGAUGACAGCAACUUCCAGUUUGAUCAAGUCAGGAGCUACAUCUCUGCUGAAGGAAUCUCCAUCAGAAAAGCCAAGGAAUUCCUGGUGCGUCAGACCCACUCCAUGAGGAAAAGACACACAGCACUGAAAGCUGCAAAGCAGCAGUGGCACCAAGAUGUGCAGAAAGCACAGGAGGUGGUGCAAGAUCCUGACAACUCCCAGCUCCUGGAGGGAAUGCGCAAGAACCUGGAAGAGGAAGCCAAGCAGCUGGACAAGAUGAAGUCGGCUAUGCGGAAAGGACAGGUGCUGCUGAAGAAGAAGGAAGAGAAGCUAAGCCAGCUGGAGUCGUCCUUGUUGGAGGAGCUUUCAGAUGAAGAUACACUAAAGAGUGUUGCAUGCAAGAAGAUGGUGACUUUUGAUCUCAGCAGCUCUGAGGACACAAACAGUAUAUCCAGUGCAAACGUACAUUUGCCAAAGUCUGACCUGCGAACAGAGGUGCAGAUUGCCCUACAGCAGGACAAGAUCCAGUACUUGACAAACUCUGUGCAGCACAUCACCAACGAGCUGAAUGGGGUCCUUGGCGUUCUGAGCUCUCUGAACACCCUCCAGCCUCCGCUCCUCACUUCAACACAGGUGCCCCUGCAGGUUCCCUGUGACAGCAUUCCUCUUUCUACGUAUUCCACCUUGGCAGGAUUGCAGGCAGGUGCCUCCUCGAGGCCCUCUGCUGGGCUGUCUGUGCCUGACCAGUGGGCCUGGGGCACUGGGCUGAGCUCCAGCCGCUCCUUCGUGGCUGGGCAGUCAGUGGACCGUUUCCUGGCAGAGAAGUGGCACAAGUACUUUCCAGGUGGGUUCCCAUCAUCCAGUGGAAGUUCUGGUCCUUCAGACAACAAGCUGGGAUAUGUACCUGCAAGUGAGCAGAUGCGCGUGUUCCAGAGCCGUGAGUCAGACAAGAUGAGUAUUCAAGGAAUGAUUGAGACCAACAAGAAAUGGCUAGAAGACUUCAAGAGUGAUUCAAGGAUACCUCUCUUUCCAGGCGCAGAGAAGCUCCCUGCCAGCAGCUCCAGCCUACUUCAGCUAGGGCUGGAUGAAAACAGACAAAUUAAAGUGUACCGUUACUGAAAGGUGGGACUUGAUGUUUUCAGCCCUCAACUCUGGGCACAGGACCUGGAGAGAUGAUAGCUGGGGGCUGUGCAGUCUCUCUAAUGGUACGGUGGGUUUUGGUGAUACCCAGCCAUCUCUGUCUUUGUGCUGUGCCCUUGAAAUAAAGUCUCUUUACAAGAGAGUGGAGGGAGGAGGAAGUGAAGUUCCCAGGUGGAUUCUUCUAAUCCUGUAAUGUGUCCAAAUAUACUUUAUAGACUGUUUAAUCCAGUGGUGAAAUAUCAGGGCUUCAAUAAAUCAACAGUUCUCUCAUUAGUAUUCUAGAAACUGUGAGACAUAGCUGUGAAUCAUGGAGAACUUUGAGUAACUGGUCAAGGGGGAGGACAUGAAUCUAGCUGAGACUUUGCUAGAGGAAAUGUAUCAGGAAAUGAGCCCACACUGAUGCCCAACAAAUGCUUAAUUACAGAUGAGCCAAGUCAUCUGGCUUCUGUGGCGAGUGCAUGAGCAGGGGAGAACGGGCAGCAAAAUGGCUAUAGAAUUGGGAAACAGCAGAUUUUGACUCUGGGAAAUGUUCCUGUCUUCUGGUGUGGAAACAAUAGGAACAAAACCAAGGGUGGUUUUCAUGGCAGAUAUUGUAGGAGAGAGUUCCCUGCGUCCUCCUCUUUCUGCCAGCCUGGCCAGAACUGCGCAGCAUAACUGUGCUAUGGGAGCUCAGCUCAUGUAUUACAAAUGUGCUGAUGGCAACACGGAGCAGGGAUGGCAGGAGAGCGAGGAGCAGUGUCUGCUGGUGCAGGCAGUGCUGGGGAACUCAGCCUAGUGUGACUGCGAGGAGACAAAGCCCCAUCUGCAUCCUUCCAUGCCCUGGGGAAGGGGAUCUGGAGCUCAGCAGCUGGGGCUCUUCCUGCACAGCAGGGCUGCGUGGCAGACCUGAGCGCUGGCCUUGCUGCUUGGAGCAGCUCUCCCAAAACCUCGAAACAAGGCUGGGAGCAGGGCUGGGGGGUUGGCACACGCUGUGCUCCGAUGUGAGCUCACACCUCAGCAGGUGGCUGUGGUGCUUUGGAUGGGCUGCAUUCAGAGCACAGCCACGUCCUGCUGCCAUGCAGAGGUCGGCGGGGGCUGCUUGAACCAGAGGGGUGGGAGAAAUCAGGCCGUGCUUUCAUACCACUAAGUGGGGAAAGUGGUAUUUGGUUGUUUUAUCAGUCAUUCCUCCGAGCUGACUUUAAAUAUUUAAUGCUGUAAAAAAACGCUGUACCAUUUGCUAUUUUGUCUGAUGAGAAGUCUGCAUUUCAAGGGAUCCCAUCUGUGAGAAAUCAGCUUCAAAGUCGCUCUCUCUGGAGACAGCUGAUGCGGGGAGGAUGGCGAAGUUGCUGCUCUUCACCCUUCAGUGCUGUUUGUGCUUCUCAGUGGCUGAUGAUGUGCAGCAGAGUAAAGCACAGCUCCCCCUUCCUGGCUGUUGUGCACUGGCACAGCAUUGCAGCGAUUUGUGCUGUGAGGGUGGCAGGGGAAUGUUUACAUGCAAAUGGAAAUAUAUUUUUGAUGAACAUUUUAAAACUCUCAGGAAGAAUGUCCGUGUUUGCAUUUAUUUUUAUUCUUUUGGGGCUGGACUCCUCAAUAUUUUCUAAAUUCCUCAGCCAGCCUUUGUCCUGGGAUCUUCUGCAGUGGGUAGCAUCACGCUCGUGUCCUUGCUGAAGAAAUCCCAGCUGGGCUGAGCUGGGAGACCUCGUGUGACCACAGGGAAUGGCAGCUGUGUGGGGCAAUCCCUUCUCCAUAGGAAGGGAUGGAUGGAAAUGCAGAUUUCCUGUCUGCUGUCAGAUUAUGCCAAUCCCUGCCUAGAGGGAUUUUGCUUUUGGUUUCCCAGCUCUUGGUGGAACACGUGGCAGAAUCUCUAGUUAUAUUUUGGACUCCUGGCUCCCUGAAGGUGGGGGGAGGCUGUCAGCACGGUGGAUGCUGCACCCAAAGCCGUGCAGCUGAGCUCAGGCUGCAUUCUGAAAAGCAUAGAUUGGUGGUGUGGGGGAAGCGCCUGCUUUCUUAGCAAUAAUACAUUUUGAAACAUGUUUAUUCUUCCUGUUGAAACUUGUGAUCGCUGUAUCUGGUUUUGUAAGCAAAUUAAAUCAACACGAGUCUGUUUUGUA